AACUGAACUGGGGAGUAUGUUCCAAACGUGGAAAAUGGCGACGAGUGUGUUUUCAGGUUUUGGAAAGCAUUAAGGUGCGGUUUUUGCGUUCGCGCGAGUACAAUAGCCAAGUACGACGUGGUGUUCUUGUGGGACAAUAUCUCGUCUGUGAACAAGGAAGAGCAAAAACAAUCGACCGAAUCCGCGCAUCAUUCAGCGUGUCUCCCACGAUCCUCGGCAGUCUGAUAUAUCCAUCAACUGCCAAAUAUUUGGAUGUGCGCGUAGUGUUUUUGCAUGACGUGUUGCAAAAUCGCGAAUUACACGUAAUAACGAAAGCUUUACGAAAACCGCUUCGCUCCAAUGAAAUGUAGCACAUUUUUAUUCAACAAAGAGAGAGCUUGGCACAGACAUGGAGAAUUUGGAAGCGUUGGGUUGGUACCUGUCUGAACACGGUUAUAACAUAGCAACCGAUUCUGGAAAUAUAGUAGAUACACAGAGGAUAAUAAAGCGAUUGCUAGAUCUUGAUUUGAGAGAAAUUGGUAGUGGAAAUGGAGACAUCAAUCAGGGCAAUAUUGUUCUGCAAAUACAAAAAAUACGCAAUGUUUCUGCGCCCAAGGGAAACGAGGAAUCUAAAGCAGCUCCACGAAUGUUAAAACUGUCGCUGACUGAUGGAAAAAAUAAUUUUCAAGCCUUAGAACUAGAACAUAUAUCAGGCUUAAGUUUAAAUACACCACCUGGUACAAAGAUAUUAAUAAAGUCCGGGACUUUAGUCACGUCACAUGGACUUCUAUUGUUGACGCCAUCGUACAUGGUUCAAGUACUUGGCGGAAAAGUCGCAGCUCUGGUAGAAAAAUGGGAGUUAAACAAGAAAUUAGCCUCUCACACUCGUGUAAGGUCCGCUGAAGAAGGUGGGCCACCACCGUGGAUACCGUUUGGCAAAAAGAUUGUAAAGGUUUCUGAGCAAGACAAAAACUUCAAAGCCCUGGCGGAGAAGGAAAAGAGUAGCAAAGAAAAUACCGAGUUCGAGACGCAGCGUAAGGACGCGAUAGCAGAGGCCGCCAAGCAGGGCAGUAGAAAAGUAUUUGGCGGCGGAAAUAAACAGCUGUUAGAUCAUAGUGUGCAGAAGAUUGUAGAUCGAGGAUUCACCAUAGAACAAGCUGAAUACGCCUUGAGACUUAAUAAAAAUAACGUAGACAAAGCUUUGAAAAAUUUGCAGAGAAAUGAUAACAAACAUAACUCAAAGGAGUCUCGAGAACCGCGGGAACCGCGCGGUAAACGAUUCGAGAAAAAAAGCGAAGAAAGUAAGCCCAGCAGUGGGAAAAUAUCUCUCUUCGAUUUUCUCGAGGAUAAGUUGCCGGUGCAACUCGAAAAUAACGAAACUACCGCUUCGCAAAAUAAUUACGCACAGAAUUACGAGAACGGUCAGGAACGUCUCGAAUCGAGAGGUAUCGAUGGCCCAAGUGGGAGAGGCGCACGCGGGAAUCAAAGAGGAGGUCGCGGAUACAAUGUUCCCCCGAGGCAUUCGGAAGAGCACAAGAACAAGAGAGGAAAUUCCGCGUAUUCCCAUUACAACGGGGCGAGUCACGUGCAGCAGAACAAACCGCCAAGAUUUCAACGCAAUCAGGAGCAGCUGCAGCAUCAGUAUCAGCACGACGGUGAGAACAGAGAAGCUCAUCAGAAAUCGAACGAAUACAGAAACGCCUUUGCUCAGCCGCGCGCGAGCAUCAUGAAUGCCAAUGACAAUGUUAACGAGAACUAUAACAAAAGUCAGACCGAUAUGAUACAGGGGAAGAAUCUCGGUAACAGAAAUUACAAUCACAUCGAGCCCGAGCCGAGAAAUAGGCAUUCUUAUGACGCUUCUUAUGGUAGGAAUAACCGAUCGCAACUAAACGGAGCCGCUAAACUAUACUCGUCUAAUGCAAAUGAGCAGGGUUUCAAGAACCAAUCCAAGUCCUAUCAGCUCGGCAACGGCGCCGGAAGCAGGAUGUUCGCAACGAGUUCCAACACUCAGAGAAACGAAAGCAAUUACAAUCAAAACUCGAACGUCGUCGGCAACACGUGGGUAUGGCGAGUAGGUGACAAAUGUAUGGCUAAGUAUUGGGAAGACAACAGGUAUUACAAUGCCGAGGUCACCGGCGUCUCCGAGAGGACUUGCGUGGUGCAAUUCAAGGGGUUCGAGAACUACGAGGAAGUGCUACAAGUUGAUUGUAUACCAAUAACGGACGACUAUCAGAUUCAGGAUCACAUCCCGGAAACUAAACGGCACGAUCAGCGUUCCAAUAAUCGGCCGCCUCGAUACGAUCAAGGUUACAAUCACAUAAACGCAAUUGCAGCGGGUAUGGAGUUCCGACGUGGCGGAAGCGGGAACAAGGGUUACAGCAAGAAACGGGGUCAGCACCGAAGCGCGCAGCCAAUCUACCAACCGCCGGUGCAGAGAGGUCACAAUUCCAUGCCGAUUAAUAGUCAAAACGACAACACUCAGCAUAAUUCCUUUCUUUAACGUAACUCUAGUCUCUCGUUUUCCUCCUAGCGAAAGUAUCUUGUUAAAUAACUGAAAAGCCAGAGAGUCGCACACACAUGUUGGCGAUCUUACGAGUUUGCUACACACUAAUCCGGCAGGUUUUAGAUGCUGUUGAGAUAUAGCCGAGUUUGUCGCGCGAUUUUCCGUAAUAAAAAAAAAUAAAAAAAAAAAAAAAAAA